AGGUUGCAUGAGCUUACCAUAGUUUUCUGAGCAAUGCUGUUGCUGCUUUCAUUCGAUAAUUGAUUGCAAGGAGUCUUGCUUUUGACGUCUUGCUAAUCAGCUCUAUAAACGACCCUUUUAGUUCGAAGUAUGAAGAUAUUUGUCCUCUACAAUGGACGCUCUAUCCCAUGGCAAAUAGGAGAUGCGCAAACAGUGGAUCAAUUGAAGGAGUCAAUAAGGACAAAAUACCAGCUUGAUCCCCAACAAAACAUCAGACUACUCCACAGUGGAGCAGACUUGUCCGGACCCUGGAUCAUCAGAGACGUGGGGAUACCAUACGGGGCAUCCCUCCACUGCCGACUCAGAGAACAGGAACCAAUCCCUAACCUACACAUAAUGUGUAACUACAACGGCCAGAAAAUCGACCUGUACGACGUGGACGUGGUGUCCCUUACGAUAUUCCAGCUCCAGGAGGUCGUGAUGUAUCGAACUGGACUGCCGCUAGGGUGUUUUAGGCUUGCAGACGGAUUAGGUCGGGAGAUGUUUUCAAAACACAGCUGUAACGAUUAUGGGGUCCUGCCUGGUGCUACCAUUUAUGUGCAGGUAUGGAAGGGGUGGUCAGCUCUGAUAAAUACCACGUUUGAAGGCAACAUACCAGCUGUUCAGAACUUACUGGACGAGGACAAAGCUGUCAGGUUCUACCAGAUGAAGGUGGUCAUGUUCCUGGCAGCUCACCUAGGACUAUUAGAACUAGCGGAGGAUAUGCUCAAUGGUGGUGUCCGGGCUGACGAACCUGUCGGCUACCACCCUGGUAAGAAAUGGUGCAGUGACCGGUCUGACCCAACGCAUCACCUGUAUGCUGUCCACAAAGCAACUGAAGAGGGCAGACUCGAACUUCUACGACUUUUCAUGAGUCGCUAUCCCUGUAGCAUCAUCGUGCAAAAUUACAAAGGGCAGAACGCAUUGGCUAUAGCGACGGAGAAGGGUCACACGGAGUGUAUCACACACAUAAACACAAAACAGAGCAAACCCCAGGUCCUGAUACCUGAACUUGUGGGGGCUCCUCAUGAUACUGAUUAUCUUUACCGGAAUUAUUGUCUGGUAAUGAAGGUAAAGCAGUGGCACGCUCUGGGCAAAGACAAAGUAGCUCUCAUGUCUAAGAGAACCUCGGACGGGAGUUUCAACACAAAAUCUUUAGAAACAAGAAAGAGUCAGGUUCUUCCAUCCCAAAGUGACAAAGCUAUGCACAUUGACGGUCUCAUUCAUUUCCGGUGCAGAACCUGCCCCGCCAAGCUUGCUGAACGUCCAAUCUCAAGUCUGUCUGACCGCCGAGCUUGGGGUGCCGGUGGGAGGAGUUGGAGCCCGUCAGCUAAAACCCGUGAGAUGAAGAGAGACGUUCUUUCACAGGGACUACACUGGGACACAACACAACACUCCAGUGGCAAGGUCGAGUUUACUGACCUCCUCUUCACACCCAAGAAAUCAACCCCAGUACUCCCGAAUGUGAGCAGGAAUACAAAGUCCUCAGACUCUCCUCAGAUGAGAAAGAAAACUGCCUCCAGCUCUCCGACCAGCUCAGUGGCCAGCAGCAAGGGGCGGAGAACAGUUAAGGCAAUAGAGGACUACAAUACAGGCAUGUGGGUACACAAUGGGCUGACGGCACGUGAAAAAGCUGCGGCCUGCAUUGAAAUGUCAGAUACGUACAACAAUAAAACUUGGAUGUCUAAAUUUAGAAUAGCGCUUUCUGUAAAUGAGAGCACUUUGAAGAGAAAGCUUAAAGAAGGGACUCCGGUGGCUCCCAUCGCUAGGAAUGAGCAAGGUAUUCUAUACCGGAGACAGUUCUACAGAAACCGAGCUAAGGUUAGCAAGGGGGCUAAUUUUGCGGCAGAUUGGACAAAUGGAGUAGAUUCGAGAGAAGCUAAGUCUCGGACUGAAUCGCGAGCUUUCAGAAAUAGAGGGGGUGCUCUUUUAAGAGAAAAAUCUACUGUGAGUGUAAAAGGAUGAAUUUAUUUAUUGAUGUCCAAUUGAGGUGGACUAAACUUACGAAUUUUGGGUUUGAGCCAGGUUUGAAAUGCAGUUGAUUUGUCUUGGAACUGGAAGCGCUUUGAUCGAGGGGAUGUCAUAAAUUUAUCGCGACACACAAAUCAAUCAGUUGUAAAUAAUUUAGUUAAUUCAAUAUGUUUUCUGACCUCCUCUUUUUUAAA